AUGGACCGGCAAUCUGCCUCUCCAGCUCCGCAAGCUGUUUCCUCGCUACGUCUUCAACCAACCAUUAUGGAACGAUCCAUCAGCCAAGAUAUCCGAGAAGAAUGUGAAGAACUACGCGAAGCCGCCGAGCAGACGCUGAAUGCCAUUGUCGACCUCAAUCUCGAUGGUACCGUGCGAUGGGCCAGCCCAUCCUGGACCGAAGUUGUCGGAACACGGCAUGAGAGUCUCCGGGGCGUCCCAAUGGCUGACAUAGUCGUCAGUGAUAAUAAAAAUGUAUUUACCGAAGUGGUGGAAUAUAUGAAGCGGGAUGAUUCCCGAAGUCACAGGGUACGCUUUGCUGUCCAGCUAGGCCCUCUCUCAAAGUUAGGACUGCUCGAUGGCCCAACGGAUGCAGGUGCAGACCAUGUCGAGCCACAAGUAAUCGACCUUGAAGGACAGGGGAUCAUGGUGUACGACAGUGUCUCUGGCGGCGAAAGUCAUACUAUGUGGAUGAUCCGCCCUUGGACCGCACCCCAGGAGAUUCAAAUCGACCUCCCUGAUGUCAUUGUUGAUUCACUGGGAUCCGGCGCCGAGGUAUUGGCGAGUUUCCUGACACAGCUUGCUGAAUUUACUGUCGACGACGAACUCGACAGUGUGAAACCCCCGCCGGCUGUCCUUUGCCGCAUUUGUGAACGCCAAAUUCAGCCUUGGUGGUUCGAGAAACACACCGAUCUCUGCCUCCAGGAGCAUACAGCCGAGAUGGAUGUUCAGAUGGCGCAGGAAAACCUGACAGAACACCGUCACGCUAUUGUCAAGGUACUCGACGCUCUAGAAGCCCGCCAGAGUCGUUCAAUGACUGGCGAACAGUCGACUAUUACGGUUGCAGAGUACAAAGGAAUGCCCAUUGGACCGCCACCGUCGACACAGUCGUCUCCUGGAACGUCGUUGGCGCGAUCUCGAGAGCGCUCAGGUGGAUUUGGGCACACUAGGGGGCGCUCAUUCGCUGUACGACGUCCCCAAGCGCGCAUUGUCGAGCUUUUGAUGGACUUGUGUGAUACCGCCAUCGAGAUCAGUACGCCGUCGCUCAAAGAGUCCUCAUCCAAACAAGACAGUGGCGAUUUCCGGACACAGUCCCCACAGUCAGAGUCCCGGAUAUCGCAGGUUCUGCAAUGGCAAUCCCCUAGCACGAACACGCUUGAACAAGAGCAAGGUCUUGCUCAACUCUGCGCUGACACCGAAACCGUCGCCAGGGCAAAAGUCGAUGCCGUUUUCCGACAUAGAAAGAUUAUUGAAUAUGCAGAGCGGAUUCGUAUAGAGAUUGCUGUGCUUGUACAAGAUUGCAUCGAUGAGGCAAUGCGCAAAGCUGCUCGAAUAGCAGCCGGUCAGCUUAGUGAUUCAACCGAAAGCGAGGAAGAAUCAGGGGUAGUAGAAUGCGAUGACGAUGAACUGGAUAUGGAGUUGGGUGAUGUGCAACAAGGUCCUGGCCCAGGAGUCUCAUCACAAGUGCCGGAUGAAGUCGCGGCACUGGAUCCACUGGAGAAGCCUCGUGGACGACUGGGGGAACUUGGUGCGGAAAAGCCAUCGAAUAGCCCUUCGGCUCUUGCAGCAGCAUUGCGACAAGUAGAUCUGUCGUCCAGGGUUAGCCGAGGUUCACGGCCAUCUUCCAUCGUGGCGUCUACUAGGUCAAGCAGCCCGAAAGAAUGUGCUACACCGAGGUCCUAUGCUGGGGGUCCAGGGUCCGGCUCACAGCCCCGUGAUAUCCCCCGAGAAGCCUCUGGUCUUUCCGAAUCCGAAACAGUGGAAAGCGAAGGCAGUAUGAGAUCCUCUUCACUUGCGUCACGAGCAGCGACCAGAACUGAAUCUCCCAUCUCCGAAUUCGGCGACCUUCGGCGGGCUGCAAGCUCGCGGCAGCAUCAUCGCCGCAGUUUAAUUCUCCCAGGAACUUCUUCACCACGCCGACAGGAGUCUCCUUCCCGCCCGCAACCUCCCCCAUCACCUCUGCGAAUUAAGCCAAGAGGCAAAAGCGGUUCUCAAGAAGGGAUAGCUUCGCCUGAGGGCUCGCCUAUGCUUCCAAAUAGCGAUUUCAGCUCACCCAUCAUGCACCCUACGCGUCAUCAUAGAAGACAAUCGUCUGCGGCAAUCUCAGAUUUCGUCAUGAAGCCUCCGCCUUCCCCACGACUCAAUGCUAGCCAAGCACCUCCCCAAGCUCGAUCUACCCAACCAUCCAUCAAAGAUUUCGAGAUCAUCAAGCCCAUCAGUAAAGGUGCUUUCGGCAGCGUUUACCUCUCCAAGAAGAAAUCGACCGGCGAAUAUUUUGCCAUCAAGGUCUUGAAGAAAGCAGACAUGGUUGCCAAGAACCAGGUUGGUAACGUCAAGGCAGAGCGAGCCAUCAUGAUGUGGCAAGGACAAAGUGAAUUUGUUGCCAAACUCUAUUGGACAUUCUCUAGCAAAGACUAUCUAUAUCUUGUUAUGGAAUAUCUAAACGGCGGUGACUGCGCGUCGUUGAUUAAAGUCUUGGGUGGGCUUCCUGAAGAAUGGGUCAAGAAAUACCUAGGAGAAGUUGUCCUUGGUGUCGAGCAUCUUCACAGCAGGGGCAUCAUCCAUCGUGAUCUGAAGCCGGACAACCUGCUGAUUGAUCAAAAGGGCCACCUCAAGUUGACAGAUUUCGGUCUCUCGCGCAUGGGAUUGGUUGGGCGACAGAAGCGCGCACUUGACAGUGGCAACGCUGACGCAACACCAGACCUUCUUAAGCAGGGCCCAUUUGCUAGAGCACCAUCGAUAGCUUCCUCACGAUCAACAUCCCUUGACUUACAUGGUCAUAACCAAGGAUCGCCAGGCACAACGCCCCAUAUGGGGGCAGAUGCCGGGAGUCUGACCCAGCCUUCAUAUUUCAACCUCGGGUCUAUUCAACAAGAACCACGAAGGGUAUCGACAAGUCGUCGAAGCGAUAGCGGUGGCAGUGAAACGUUGACCCAUUUGCUCACAAACUUUUCCCUGAAUGACACAGAGCCCAAUUCGGCGCUCGCAAGUGCUAGAUCCCCCAUCGAUGAAGAAGCCAUUAUGCAUGGAUCUCCUGAAUUGACGGGCAUGUAUGGUGGUGGAGUACGCUCUGGUGCAGACAACCCCAACCGGAACUCGAUGCAUCAAGCGAAUAUGAUGCCUCCUGCCAUGGCCUUGUUUGACCCGGAGGACACAAACCGGAAGUUUGUUGGAACCCCCGACUAUUUGGCCCCUGAGACCAUUAAGGGAGACAAGCAAGACGAGACCAGUGAUUGGUGGUCAGUUGGUUGUAUCAUGUUCGAGUUUCUAUACGGUAUCCCGCCAUUCCACGCUGGCGAGGCCGAGGAAGUAUUCGAGAACAUUCUGGCUCGCAAUAUUCAGUGGCCAGACGAGGAUGAGUGCGAACCCAUCUCUAAAGAGGCCAAGGAUCUUAUCAACAAGCUUCUCUGCAUGGACCCGCCUCAGCGAUUAGGAUCGAAUCGCGAAGAACUAUUCCCGUCUGGCGGAGAGGAAAUCAGAAACCACGCGUGGUUCCAAGGUGUGAACUGGGAUACGCUCCUAGAGGACGAAGCUCAGUUCGUGCCCCAACCCGAGGAUCCUGAAGACACGGAGUAUUUCGAUGCCAGAGGCGCUGUCCUUCAGUCAUUUGCCGAGGAGAUGGAGGACCAAACCUCCCCACCUUCUUCCACAGGAGGCGGCCCAGAGUACUCUGAACGACCUCACGAUGCCCUCUCAAGAGUGCGCUCACAGGUGAACUCGAUGAAUCGCAAACUGAUGCCUCUCCACAUUCCACCUCACGUGCGAGAUUCAAAAUCGAGGAGAUUGAGCGAGCCGGUACCUGCCGACGAUUUCGGAACAUUUGCCUUCAAGAACUUAUCUGUGUUGGAGAAGGCAAACAAAGAUCUCAUCCAAAAAUUGAGGCAAGAUGCUCUGGCAGCGCAGGGAAAGCAGUCUCUUAGCUCUGGAGGAGCUAGCCAACCCAUGUCAGCUGUAGGACCCUCUCAUGAGGGAAGUCCAGUUCUGGCGAAUCCUAUACACAGGACAAAGUCCAAUGCGAAGGCAGCCAAUCGGCCUCAAUCCCCCUCUGGAUACAGUCACUCUACAUCCUCUCCGAGCCGGGUUUCUCAACCAUCAUCGCCCUUGUUAGUGUCGUUUGUGGCUGGGCAGGGAACAGAGGGGAGGCGGAAAGCUUCGAGCAACUCGUCGAGUCUUUCAUAUCAAUCAGGCACUUCUCUACAUCCCCCGUCAUCGAGCCUUGAAAUCCCUAAAGUACCACCGAGUCUACAGAAGGCAGCAACCACGGUUGCUGCCUCGCCAGUCAAGGGUCGACCAGGACAGAGCCAGUUCCCACUUUCACCUCAGAAGACCGUUUCUACGCCAAAGCAGGCAUCCCCUGCAAGUCGGUCGAGGUCGCUCACUGUUGGAUCGCAAGAAGGGAGCCCAGUGGCGCCUGAUAUCCUGCAGCACCGACGUAGCCGCAGGAGCCAAGUAUUUGACAUGUCACCAUCUUCGUCUGACAAUGAAGGAGACAAGCAUAAUGCCCUGCUACGGGUACAGAGGAGGCGACAAAGCUCUCGUCGGCUCUCCCAAAUUGUGUUUGACGGCGGACCAGCAUUUAGACCGCUUGAUGUGCUCAUCUGCGAGGACCAUCCCGUGGCACGUAUGGUGAUGGAGAAACUGCUGGAGAAGCUUCGAUGCCGCACAAUCUCCGUGGCCAAUGGAUCAGAGGCGGUGCGAUACUCGAUGAGCGAGAUCAAAUUUGAUGUCAUCUUCUUGGAGUACAAGCUUCCGCAAAUCAAUGGUGCCGAUGUGGCUCGGAUGAUCCGAGAAACCAAGAAUGCCAACUCGCACACGCCCAUUGUAGCCAUCACUGCCUACCUCAAGGAGCUGCAGGCGCCGCAUUACUUUGAUUCGCUGAUUGAGAAGCCCAUCAGCUCCUCGAAACUUACAGAGGUUCUACGGAGUCUUUGCCAUUGGAGGCCGGAUUCCCCCAGCCAGAGCUCGGUAUCAUCGAUGCCACCACCACACCCCCCUGUGCCAUCUGGGCUACGGAAAUCAGAUUCACGGAACGAGGAAAGCCCGAUGUCAGGAUCGUCCUUUUACGCGGGACGCCUCGGGUCCGCAUUAUUGUCAAGUAGGGAAGACUCUGUGUCCUCGAGCAUGUUUGGAGACACGGAGUCUGUAACUACAGAUGACAUUCCCAUGGUUCUCAGUCGCAAAACUACAGGCGACUGGGAAGAGGGAGGUUUGGGAAUAUCCGAGCCAGAUACCAUGUCGGGAUCUGAUGGGUCCCCGAAGGCGAUCCCACACUUGCUCAUGCAGCGGUCCGCUCCAGGUCAGAUGGAGAAGCCGGUCCGGCAGCCUAGCAAGCUCAAACCCAAACCAGAGGGUCUCGACAAGACGUCCAGUGAGAGCACGGAGUCUGCGGACGACGAAGAUGAUGAACUGGGCCUUGGUAGUGAAAAGCAACGACAGCGCAGUAACGGGCCGCUCAUGACAAAGCAAUCACUUCCCAGCUCGAAGCUGGGAAUCGAGAUGAUGCGAGCCAACAGCCACGAUAGCGCCGUGGGCUCUGAAAGCACACCCGAGGCCGUGACCCAGGUUGUCACAACGCCUGCCAAAGAGAUUGACCAGACCGACUUUGAAUUUAAAACGGGGAAUGCCGUCGAAGCGCACACUCCGCCAUUAGCAACCGACGAUUCCAAAGAAGGUGGAUCUAGUGUCGAGGCGACUCCCAGGCAACAUGGAGGCAAUCGGCUGGACAGCGCCGAGGCAACCCCUCGCCCGAUUGGAAAGUGA